AUGUCCAUCGACGUCAGCCUGUGCGACCGUUAUGUGGUCUUCCUCGACAUAGACGGCGUUCUCUUGCCGGUCCCGAAGUUCACCUUCGGCGGUGGCGACCUCAGCGGCAGGUGUGUACAGUGUCUCAAGCGGCUGGUCGCCGCCCUCGGGGGACGCGAGAAGGUGACAAUUGUGCUAUCCUCCACCUGGCGCAACCACCCCGCCAUGGUGAACCGGCUGAACACAUUCAUGCAGAAAGAGGCGGGGGAUGGCAUCCCUAUCGUGGCGGAGCGGACGCCAAACGGGACGGUGCUGGUGAGCUCGGUGACGUACUACGCCGAUGACCUGUCGGAGCAGCGCCUCGUGCGAGAUCGGGUCGACGAGGUGUUCCGGUGGCUGCGCACGCACAUCACGGAGCAUCCGGAGGCGAUCGGCGGGCGAUGGUUCGCCAUUGAUGACAUGAAGCUGGACGUGGAAGAGCGCAUGCGCGGGCACUUUCUGCACACGCAGACGGACAUCGGCAUGACAGACGCAGACGUGGACACCGCGUGCGCGAUGAUCUCGUCUCUCCCAAGUCCGGAGGCAGCCUACGCCGAAGCGGCUGCCGCCCUCGCUGAUCCGGCGCUGAAGCAGGAAGAGAUCGAAAUUCAUAAGGUGCUGCAGUCUCGCCUGGAGGUACAGCUCGCCACUGCCACCGCACAGCUCGCGGAAGCGCAGGGAAAGAUAGUGGUCCUCUCUGCGGAAAAGAAAAACCUUGUCAACGAGCUGGCGGAGAUGCAGCGGUCUAUGGAAGACAUGCGCUAUCGACUGGCUGUGUACAACUUCGCCAAGCGCUACCCCUCCCUCGCCGCCGCGGUGGAGCUGAGUGACACCAAGACGGGUGCCGAGAGACGUGACUUGGAUGCCGCCAUCCGCACCUUUGUAAAGCUUCUCAUGGAUCGCAAAAAACUGCAGAAGAAGAUGCGGAGCGAGGCCAAAAAGGUGAGGCACGUCUCAUGA